AUGGCUUCCUUUUCCGUCCCUUCUCUACGCACUGGUAACAGCCAAUCGGACCAGAACACACAGACACGGGACUAUAAUCUACUCAAGGGGGAAGCUCCGGCGGCGUCAAACAAUCAAUUUCGACGGUCCUUGCAGCCUAUGAGUUUCUCCAAUAUUGUGCUUGAGGGAUACACAAUGUUCAGGGCAGAUCCGCUUCCUCCUGCCAUGCCGACAUGGUACAAGGUUGAACGGACUCAUAUGUUUGCCAAUAUUGACGAGAUGCGUCAAAUGGUGCGCGAACGAGCUUUCAAUAUUUCGGCCGCACAACAAUACCAGAAUUUAUCCCGAAUCCUACAAGAGCAUGUUAAUCUCUUGAUUCAUGAUCGAAAAAUCGAUGAUUCUGAUGGUGUCUGGUCCUGCGUAUUUGCUCGAGAAGAAAAGAAAUCCUCCAGAGAGUACAGUCCGGAAACGGUAGCUCUGGAUGUUAUUUUGAUGCGACGGCCCCUGGGUAAAAAUCGCUAUCCUACAAGCCCAAUGGGGGAUUUAGUGGAUCUGAGAGCCCGUCACAACAUGACACCCACCAGCAAAAUAGAUACAUAUGAUGAUGAAAAUGGUGGGGCGGAGUAUUGA